AUGUGCAACUCACCAGGACUACCAAUAUCGGACGAUCAGGAUAGUAUCAUGACAGAACACGUUAGCGUUUGCACUCCAAUUGGACAUGCAGGAUUUCCACUGCCGCAUGACUAUUUCAAUGGCUCUGAUUACGAAAAUCCCAAAAGUGCAACUCCUGAAUUGCUCCUCACAGAUGACAUUCCGUCGACAUCAAGUUCAAUAUCAGACUUACCUUUUGAGAUCAAAAUUCGAGUAGCAAAUCUUUUGUCGCAAUACGAUUUAGUGAACCUGGCAAGAACUUCAAAAAAGUUCCGUGCUGUGGCCACACAAGCACUUUAUUCCAAGAUUGUCGUUGACUCACGACAUUCGUACCUGCAUGACGCACACCAAAACAUAAGCGAUCGUGUCACAUACGUCAAAACACGCUACAAUUUUACAAGGCUACUCCGGCUGAUAUCCGAAAAUGGCCAAAAUUUGGGGUUUUUGGUCAAGUGUUUGGAAAUUGUCAAUCUACCAGACGGUAUGAGGAAGUCCGAAAUACGAGCCCUGAUGAGCUGCAGUUUACCGACCAUGACAAAGCUUUACAGAUUCUACUGCGGAAGCGAUACGCUUUCGAUUCCGCCUCAAUUACUGCAGUUGUUGCCCAACAAACGCUAUGUACAAACAUUGGCCGUAAACGUUGAUUUACGACAGGAUUUGGAGCAUCUCGAUACGUUUGCCAACGUUCAAAAACUGUCGAUCAGUCCGUUUGUGGACUCAGAUCGACUUGCGGCUUUUUUAUCGAAGAUCUUGGUGCCGGCAGUGGUGGAAAAUCUGAAAGUAUUGCGAAUGGCUCGCGAGGAUACCUCUGCACUUAGUAGGCCCAGUAACAAAUCGUUGAUCGUCACAGCGUUUAUGUUGAAUAACAAUCUGGACCAGCCCGAUAUGGUAGAAGGCGACGAAGUGGUUCGGAAUAAUGACAGAGACCUGAAAUUCUGGCAGUUUUUGGAGAGUGUACCGAUAAUGCAGGGCCGGAAAUUCCAAAAUUUGGAAAUGCUCGAAAUCUCCGGCGUGAACGUGGUCCCUGAGGACAGUCUACGGGUUGCAAAGGGACUGGAUUUGAGUGCUUUGAGGUUUCUGGCGCUGAGCGAUUUGCAAGAGGUGCAUAUCAUCCCGGAAGUGGAUUAUGAGGUUACGGACUUUACAAGCCUUGCGUUGGAACAUAUGCAGCUGAGCUUCUUAGGCGGAUUGGCUCCCUUUCUGCAGAAUCUGCAGAGACUGCAUCUGGACUUUCGGGAACCGAUCAAGGACUCCGUGCACGGCUUUCUGCGGAGUCUGAAAGAAGAUGCCGGUGUGUCGCUGCAGGAAUUGGAUCUGUGCAUCCACUGGGAUGACAGCAAGCUAGCACUAUUUCCCAGCUGGGGUGCGCUGACGCAAAAAUACAUGGCUUCCGUGCUGCUGCACGCCGCCUCUUUACGAAAACUGUCGCUGCUGGCUUUUCACGACCACCGAUUCUACGAGCUGCCCAAGCAAAUCCCGAGCGAGACGCUUUUGCAGCUGCAGCAGUGUCAUGCGCUGGAGAGCCUUAGACUUCACGGCGAAUCCCUGCAUCCGGCUGGGCCGUCUCUGGUAGCGAAAUUCGACGGUCUUAAGACGCUGGACCUGGUCGGCAGAGCUUCUGGAGGCCCACAGCACAUGGCCCUGCAGGCUGUGCAUGACGGAGUGCUUGACAACUGGUUCCGUGUGAUACAUGUGGCCAUUGCCCUUUGCAGAGCAAAUCCGGCGCUCAAAAAGGUGCGCAUCGACCAUUGUCUGUUCGAGUGUCUACCAAACGGCACUGUAAGUCCGCAGACCGACGAUCAGGACUUUAGCAUAGCUACGAGAGUGCUUAUGUCAGCAGAUGAUUGGGAGUGA